AUGGCGGCAAACGGCAGCAUGCGCAGAAAGACUGUCGACGGCCCACCCAGCCUUCACCCGUCCUCGUCGACCUCGUCGCAUAGCACACAGACGCCCGAAUCCUCCCCCAUCGACCCUUUGCCCGCCCAAUUGGCCGUCAAGAUGCCCUCGGCCACACUGCCUGCACGAAAUGGCCUGCCCGCGAUGCACAGGAAGCAGUCGUCGCCUAUGAUGCCACCCUUCAUGGUCUCUGCGCCAGGCAAAGUCAUAGUCUACGGCGAGCACGCCGUCGUCCAUGGAAAGGCCGCCAUCGCCGCCGCCAUCUCUCUGCGCUCCUACCUCCACGUCUCCUUCCUCUCCAAGUCCAACCGAACCGUCCAGUUGCGCUUCCCAGACAUCCAGAUGGAACACACAUGGAAUAUCGACGAGCUGCCAUGGGAUACCUUCACCAUGCCGGGCAAGAAGAAGUACUACUACGAUUCCGUCACCUCGCUAGACCCCGACUUCAUGGCUGCCAUACAGCCCUUUAUCGACCAAGUAUCGCCAAAGGCCCCCGAGUCGAUACGCAAGAUCCACCACGCCUCGGCCUGUUCCUUCCUAUACCUCUUCCUCUCGCUCGCGUCGCGCAAAGUCCCGCCGUGCGUCUACACACUGCGAUCCACCAUCCCGAUUGGCGCGGGCCUGGGUAGCAGCGCCAGUAUCUCCGUCUGUCUGAGCACAGCGCUGCUCCUGCAAAUACGCGCACUCAGCGGGCCCCACCAGGACCAGCCGCCACAAGAGUGUGAACUUAACAUCGAGCGCAUCAACCGCUGGUCAUUUGUCGGUGAGAUGUGCAUACACGGAAAUCCAUCAGGCGUGGACAACACAGUCUCCUCGGGCGGCAAGGCAUUGCUGUUCCAGCGGAGAGAAGGCAAGCCACCCCUCGUCGUGCCAAUACACAGCUUCCCCGAACUCCCCCUCCUCCUCGUAAACACACGGCAAUCGCGCAGCACAGCCACCGAAGUCGCAAAAGUCGCCCACCUCCGACAGAUCCACCCAGCUCUGACGGAGAACAUCCUCAACGCCAUCGGCCUCGUCACCGAGUCCGCACACAAGCUACUCACCUCUCCCGACUUCGACCCCACUUCCCACGCCUCACUCAAGUUCCUCGGCGAACUCGUCACCAUCAACCACGGCCUCCUCGUCUCCCUGGGCGUCUCCCACCCCAAGCUCGAACGCAUCCGCGAACUCAUCGACCACACCGGCAUCGGCUGGACCAAACUCACAGGCGCCGGCGGAGGCGGCUGCGCCAUCACCAUCCUCAAGCCCCAGCCCCCCGCCCUCGCCAACGGCACCCACGACCUCUCCUCGGACGACUCGGACGCCUCGUCCGAAGCCGACGCCGACUGCAACGCCUCCAUCAUCUCCAACGGCACCAAGCUCAAGUACAAGAUUCUCGACUCGCUCGAGCUCAAGCUCGAAAACGAGGGGUUUGAAAAGUUUGAAACUACACUGGCUGGCGAUGGUGUCGGCGUCUUGUGGCCUGCCGUCUUGCACAAUGGGAACGAGGAGGAGGGCGGCGAGGAAAUCGACCAGGAAAAGUUUCUAAAGGCUGAGGGGAAUGUCGGGAUUGAACGGCUUGUUGGGGUGGCUAGUUCGAGGCGCAAGGGGUUGAGUGAGGUUAGGGAGGGGUGGAAGUUUUGGCGGCCGUGGGAGGGCCGGGCGUGA